AUGAGCCGAACGAUUGCAUCAUCAGUUUCCAAGUCGACCCUUGUUUCAUCAUCAUCGGGAGGGUCAUCCAGUGCACCCAUAGAAUUUCCAAUCAUACGAAAAGAAUGUCUAGGAGAUGGAAAGUUUAUAAAAAUGCGUAGAUACACUCUCGGAGCUGAAUGUAAAUUAUGUGGAAAAGUAUACACAUCCUUUUCAUGGAAAAAAAAUCCAAAAGACGUCAAUUAUCAACGAACAGUGAUAUGUCCUGUUUGUGCAAUUACAAAAAAUUUAUGUCAAGUCUCAGUCGUUGAUUUAGAUUAUGAUAUUCCUGCCUACGUACGGGAUUCACAAUACUCUCUCACGGAUCAUCAAUCAUCGGUGGAAGGCAAUACAGCAAGUGCCUUUAGUGGACAAAAAAGUUCAGUAACCAAUGUAUAUUUUGCUUCACAGGCUGAAAAAUUGUUAAGCGAAGGAGGAACCAAUAGACAUUUAUUAAGAAAUGAAUUGGCAAAUAGAAAUGUUUUGAAUGAAUUGAGAGAUGAAGAGGGUCUUGAUGAAAUGGCAAGUUCUAAUACCAGCACUUCCAACAGCAAUGGAAGUUUAGGACUAACAUCAGCACUAGGAUCUGAAGUGACCAUUGACACAACCACGUCAUCUCUCAUUGAUUUAAGAACGAUUCAAAUUGGUUCAGUCAAUAACAAUGUUGUUGAAACUUCAGAGGAUUAUAUUGAUGAAAAGACCCUACUAGAAUUUAUCGCCAUUUAUGCAACAACAGGACAGAAUACAAGAGGUGUUGGUACUGUUGAUCUGAGCGACUUGAUUGAAAAGUGUCGCCAUGUACCUAGUCACCAUUGUUACUUGAUCACUUUUGUUCAUCAAGGUGACGCCGAGUUAUGCAUGCAAAAGCUAGGUAAAAAGAAUGGUGGAAAAUUCAAGUUAAAUGGACAAACAUUGACGAUUAAAUGGGCAAGAAAGAAGAAGAGAUUUGAGCCAUAUGAACCAACAUCAACCUUACAAAAAUCCUCAACGACUCAACCAUUAUCAUUGUCAAUCAUUGGUGUGAAUGAUGAGUAG